AUGCUUAAUUGUACCAAUAAAAAAAUAGUAAACGAUAAAAUUAAACUUAAUUGCGAAAAUAUAAUUAAAACAACUAAUACGAAUUCAUAUGACAGAAAAAUAAUAGAGUGGUUUUCGUGGUCGAAUAUUUAUAUAAAAUUGCUCCUAAUAUCACUAAAAAAUUGCGUCAAAAAAAUAUCAUUUAUUAGUAAAAAAUUUAAUAAAAUAAACAUGAAAAAUAUCGUAUCAUUUGUAAGAUUACCUGUAUUUUUUUCUAUAAUAUUCAUAUUUGUAAAUAUUCUGUCAAUCGCUAAUGCAUCAGAACCACUCAGAAAUCCAUAUGAAGUAUUGGGUGUAACAAGACAUGUUACUAGUCAAGAAAUAAGGAAAGCAUAUAAAAACCUCGUAAAAGAAUGGCAUCCUGAUAAAACGGAUCAUCCUGCUGCUGAGAAUAAAUUUGUUGAAAUAACUAAAGCCUACGAAUUAUUAGCUGACCCAGAAAGAAGGAAAAAAUUUGAUGAUCAUGGAAUAACUGAAGAAAACAUGUCUAGACAAAAACAAUCCAGUAACUUCCAUAUGAAUGAUCCAAUUGAUGAACUAUUUAAUAGUGGAAAUUUUAAAUUUCAUUACCAAAGUCGAGAUGUAUCAUUCUUUCAUAAAAUGAGCAUUUCCUAUCGCACAUAUGAUAAUACUAUUGUACCAAGAAGUUAUCGAACACCCUACUUAAUUUUAUUUUAUUACGACUGGUGUUUCACUUGUAUACAAAUUGAACCUACCUGGCGACGAUUGAUUGAUGAAUUAGAACCUAUUGGUAUUAAAUUAGUUACAGCGCAUGCAGAACGUGAAACAUCUUUUGCAAGAAAAGUUGGCGUUCAUUCAUUACCUUGCCUCGCUGUAACAUUAGAUGGCCGUUCGAGUGUUUACAAAGAGUCUUUGUUUAAUGUAAACAAAAUUGUUGAAUUCGUACGGAGUAAAUUUCCAUACAAGCUGAUCCAAAACAUUAAUGAGAAUAAUAUCGAUCAAUUUUUGUCUGGAUGGGUAGACAAUAGAAUACGAGCCCUGAUAUUCGAAAAACUUGAAUUACCAAGGUUAAGAUAUGUACUUGUGGCGUUUCAUCAUCGUGAGCGUGUCGCCUUUGGAUAUGUUCAAAUGGGUAAACCUGAGACUGAAGCAAUAGUAACAAAAUAUAAAAUUCCCAAAGAUUUAAAUACUUUAUUGUUAUUUAAUGAAAAUUCUGAAAAGCCAAUGGCUUCAGUUAGUAUGAAAGAUAUAUCGAGCGAAACAAUGCAUAAUGUAAUCACAAAUAAUAAUUUCUUGACUUUACCACGACUUUCAAAUCAAGCAAUGUUAGAUUCAGUAUGCCCACCCGAAUGGUUAAAACCUCAAAAACGGUUAUGUGCUAUUUUGGUAUCACAAAAUAGUGCAAUUCAUGAUUUGGCAAGGCAUAAAUUCCGUCAAGCGGCAAUAGAAUCACCUUACAGUACUGAACGCGUAAGAUACACCUAUAUAUUUAAAGAAUCACAGCCAGAAUUUGUAGCAGCACUAAGUGCAAGUGAAGGAAGCCCAAUGGAGCCCUUGUUACAUAUUGUAAUAAUCUGGCGUCGUGAUGUCAACAAUUUAAAAUAUGAGUGGCUUAAAACAAGAUGGAUUGAACCUACUCAAGACGAGAAUAAAUGGAAUGAAUCUAGACAAAGUUUAGAACAAACUAUACAACGGCUAUUACGCACUACUGAAGCCUUACCUUAUGCAGCAAAAAUUGAAGAAUUAGCUGAUGAACAUGCUCAAGGAACUAUAGAUAGAAUUAUUGGCAAAGCAUUAUUGGCGGUUGAUUAUAUAUCUGAUAAUAUAUCAAAAAAUCAAAUUCUUCUCCUUAUAUCUGUUAUAACAACGUUUAUAUUAAUUGGAGCUGUUACUUACGGAUUAUCAUAUUUAAUGAAACUAGAAGAAAUAAGUAUACAAGGAAAGAAAGGUGGUUAUGAAAAUAACUCUAGAUCCACACAAGUAACACAAUUACGAUUGCAUGAAUUACGUACUGAAAAAUAUAACGGUCUUGUACGGUUAUUAAAACCUGGGUGUCGAACUAUAAUAUUGUUAGUCGACCACCAAAGUAAAUUAAAAUUAAUACCAAUAUUUCACAAAAUCAUUUGGCCUUACAGAAAAAAUAAGACAUUAAUGUUUAGUUAUAUGAAUAUGGAACGAGGAUUAAAUUGGUAUAAAAAAUUGUUAUCACUCAGUUUGCCUGAAUUGAUAGAGUUGAAUAUAAAUCCUAAGAAUUGCGUUGGUACCGUUUUAGCGUUAAACGGACACCGUAAAUAUUUUUGCAUUUAUCAUGCUAAACAUCCAGAAUGUAAUAAAGAUAAAGAAUUUAAGCGUAUGGAACGGAUCACUAAACAAAUGAGUCACCGGUCUGAAGAUGCAGAAGCUGGAGCAUUUAUAGGCUUCGACAAUUCAAGUGAUUCAGAAAUGUCUCAGGAUGAAGUUAAGAAUGAUGUUAUAAAACAAGAUAAACUUUUAGAAGGUUUACCUAAUUGGCUUGAUAGAUUAUUUGAAGGCACAACACAGCGCUAUCAUGUUAACUAUUGGCCAGAUUUCACUGCCAAGUAG